AUGCGUCUGAAUGAAAAAACAAAAUUGUUGGGCAAAAAAGUCGUCCUUGUGCCUUAUGAGGCGCGCCAUGUACCCAAAUACCAUGACUGGAUGAGCAAUGAGACUCUGCGGGAGCUGACUGCCUCUGAGGAACUGACACUCUCGGAGGAGUACCUGAUGCAGCUGAGUUGGCGCCAGGACACCGACAAACUUACCUUCAUAGUCCUCGCUGCCGAUAUCUAUGCCCGGGACAAUGAUGAGAUUGCCGCCAUGGUGGGCGAUACAAAUCUCUUUCUGCGCCAUGAACCCGACACCAAUCAGAAGGUGGCCGAGGCGGAGAUAAUGAUAGCGGAGCCCCAAGCUAGGGGCAAAGGCUACGGACGCGAGGCCAUGCUUCUCAUGCUGAAGUACGCCCAAUCCCAGCUGGAACUGAACAAAUUCGAGGUCAAAAUCGACAUGGACAACGACGUGUCCCUCCGCCUGUUUGAGAGCUUCCAAUUUGUGGAAACCGGACGCGUCGAAGUCUUCCACGAGGUUACGAUGGAGCGUGAGAUUACCACGGAGUGGAUUGGCUGGUUGGACAAGCAGGUGGAGCUUACGAUUGAGAGCUAUAGUGUAUAGUCAAUCGUUAGACGUCGGCUGGAUCCUAUUAUUGCUGCAGAAUAAUCACAAAUCGAUCCAUACUUCGUUUAUGUUCUGUUUAUUAAACUUAUUUAUUACGAACUA